ACCCUGCCUGAUGUACCCUCUCAAAAGCCUGAUGUACCCUCUCAAAAGCCUGAUGUAAAUUCUCAAAAACCUGAUGUACCCUCUCAAAAACCUGACCUACCCUCUCAAAAGCCUGACCUACCCUCUCAAAAGCAAGAUAAGCGUGAUAAGCGUCCUCUUGACACAAAAGAUCCUUGCAAGUCACCUCCUAGGAAGAAACAAAAGAGUCAGGGAACGAUGUGGCUGAAGACCCUAGAUCUAAACCUCUUUGACAAACAAGUGUUGAGUGCAAUAGGUGGUAUGCUCUCCGACAAGCAUAUGCGUGCAGCCCACCAGUUAUUAUCGAUGCAAUUCCUUAAGUUUGAAGGCUGCUAUAAUACUCUCUUGGCCCAAUUAAAGGCAUUUCCACCAGUUUCCAAUAAUCAAGGCCCAGCUGUGCAAAUCUUCUUUGUUGAAGAACGACAGCACUGGAUUGCCACUUCUCUGUUUAAGGGUGAACUGUAUUUGUACGACAGCUGCUUCAAUGGAACGCUUUCCCCAAGUACUGAGCUCCAGAUAGCACAAGUGUAUAGCCCAUUAAUUCAAUGCAAUGGGCUGUUGAUUUCUGUGGUGGCUCUCCAGCAGCAAGAGGGUGCUAACAACUGCGGACUAUUUAGCAUUGCUGCUGCAUAUCACGCUGCUAUGAACGAUAAUGUGGGUUCUCUAGUGUUUGAUGAGGCCAAAAUGAGAGCACAUCUCAUUAAGUGCUUUGAGAAGGGCAAACUCUCACGGUUCCCUCGCACAAAGAAAGCGAUGCCAAAAAGACCAACACCACAAACCAUUGCCAUUACAAUAUACUGCAUGUGCAAGAGACCGGACUCUUUUGAGGAUAUGGUCAUGUGUGACAAAUGUAGUGAGUGGUAUCACUAUUGCUGUGCCAAAAUUCGCAAAGAACCAGUAGGUAAUUGGUUUUGUUCUGGUUGCAUCACUUUAUGAUUUAUGCACUUUUGG